CAACAGCAGACAGCAGCCGCAGGGAAGCCCCCAAAUGCCCCCAAAACCCCGCCCCCUCCUCUUCUAGGGUUUCCUCUUCCCCAUCCGCGCCAGGACCCCACCGCCCGCCCAUGUCCGCCGCCUCCCGCGACGCCCCAGUCCCGCCCGCCAUGCCGGACCUCGUCCGCGACCACCUCUACUUCGGCGACAUCAACGACGCCAUCGCGGCCCUCACCGCCUCCCUCCCGGACGGCACCGACAUCACCCACGUCCUCUCCGUCGUCAGCUCCGCCUCCAUCUCCUUCUUCACCGACUACCGCCCGGGCCUCUGCUUGCCGACCGAGGAGGUCCGCCGCGUCGUUGCCGGGGAGGAUGGGACGCCCUCGGUGGUGGCUCCAGGGCGGCUGGUGCGGGUGGUGGAGAGGACGGGGGAAGGGCUAAGGGUGACGCGGAUGGCCGUGCCGCUCAAGGACACGGAGGAGGAGAACCUGCUCGACCACCUCGAGCCGUGCCUCGACUUUAUCGACGAGGGGAGGAAGGCGGGCAGCGUGCUCGUGCAUUGCUUCGCGGGGGUCUCCAGGAGUGCUACCAUCAUCACGGCAUAUCUAAUGAGAACAGAGCAGAAAUCUCUGGAAGAAGCACUACAGUCCUUGAAGGAAAUUAAUGAGUCCGUUUGCCCAAACGAUGGUUUCCUUGACCAGUUAAAAUUGUUUGAAGAAAUGGGUUUCAAGGUUGAUACUUCAAGUCCUUUAUACAGGCGCUUCCGCUUAAAAUUGUUAGGUCAGUCCUAUAGAGUUGGAGAGAAAAUAGGGAACCAUGUAUUUGAAGACGAUCCUGGGGUUACUCGACAGCCUAAUCCUACCGAGGAAUUGUCAGGCAAGGGGAAGACCCCUAAAACAGCAUACCGCUGCAAGAAAUGCAGGAGGAUGGUCGCAGCACAGGACAAUGUUAUCGGUCACACUCCUGGUGAGGGCAACUCUAGCUUUGAGUGGCACGACAAGAGGAAAGGCCACACACACAACAAGGAACAACAAGAUUGUUCCUCUCUGUAUGUCGAGCCUCUCAAGUGGAUGACUCCAGUAGAAGAUGGCGCUUUGGAGGGGAAGCUGUCUUGUAUCCACUGCGGAGCACGCUUAGGGUACUUCAACUGGUCAGGGAUCCAGUGCAACUGUGGCAGCUGGAUCACCCCUGCCUUCCAAAUUUCCAAGAGCAAAGUUGAUGUAAGCACCAUCUAGAACUUCUCCGCGGGCUAGCAGAUUCGAGGAGUUUGUCAGGGUGUGGUGUAAAUACCAUAUCGUCUGAACCGUCAUGCAUUGGAUCACAAGGAUCAAAAGCUGGAACCUGCUUCAUGUAUUCACCUAUUGUACUCUGAAAUACAACAGCUUACAAUAGAAGUUUUAACACAUCAUAGUUAAGCAGUCGCAGAUCCUAAACGUUUACUACCUUCUUUUCCAUUGAUUGUAAGUGGCAACCUUAUAUAUUUUUAGCGUUCUAGGGAAUUCAAUUGUGUAGUGUAGUGGGAUGGAGUUGUGUGGAGCGGCUUGCAAGGGGUAGAAUGGGUGAGUGGAAUGACUUGUGGUGGAAUAGAGACCCUGUUUCUUUAAAAA